GUAUAUAAACUCUAUGCGCUGUAUAAACAAUUGUGUAAAAUUAACAUAGAGGGGGUUUGAACUCGGGUUCGCUGUAGAAGAAAGAAGAGACCAAACCACCAUGCCAUAUGGGUUAUUAGCAUAUAACUAUAAGUUUUAAAAUUUAAAGUAAAUACUAUAAUCUGAAUUACUUAUGUAUUUAAAAAAAAAAUUGUUUGGCAUGAAGCUAGACACAAAGAGGAACACAAAAAUGUAUUCAGAUUAUAAAUUCAGUUCCAAAAAAAAAUAAAAUCACAGUUUUUAAACACAUAAACAGAAAGUUAUGCGGUUUAUGCAAGUUAUGCGGUUUAAAAAAAAAAGUUUAAAAAAGUUUAUGCAAGUUAUGCGGUUUAAAAUUUUUUUUUUCUAAAAACGGAUUAAUCUACACAAAGUUAUGAUCAUUUGAAGUCUGAAUUAAUUAAUUUUCAGAACGCAAGAGGUAUUAGAGGAGGACGCUGGCAAUUAGUUUAUUUUUUAAAAUUGCAAUGUAUGCCCUUUGAUUUAGAUAAAUUGCAUAUAACCCAUUCCACCUUCUUCCAUAUAGGAUUGUUGAAGACUGUUUACCUCCUCCUCCUCCUUUCUCCCACGAUCUAAGGUAACUUUUUAUCUUGCUUCAAAUGUAACCGCAAUCAUAAUCAGAUUGCAAGUUCACAACCGUUCGAUUCACAGAUGGCACUUAGUUCUGAGCAUGAGUACAUAAGCCGAGGAACCCUAAUCUAACCGUUCGAUUCACUUGAAAUCUGGCCUUACACUUCCUCACUUGAAGAUUCAUGUGUUCAUUAAAGGAGAAGAACACAUCAAACCAAGGUAAGUCUUCUGACUAUAGAUGCCAUAAGCGUGGGCACUUUGCUGCUGUGUGUCCAUCUAAGAAAUUGAAAAAAAUAUCACUAGGACUGAAAAUUGAUAUAUCAAAAAAAAAAAAGUGAUAGUUUAAUUCAAUCUAAUUUGUUGGUUCCCAACAUUUGUAUGAUGCACUUGUCUAUGUCAAAAGGUGUUAAUACAGGUCCUAAAGAGCAUCUAUACUAUUAAAGUAGAAUCCCUACUAGGAUUCUGCCCUUGAAUUUUCAAGUUAUUUACAAGAAACUGCCACUACUUUUUUUUGCUAUUUUUUUUUAAACGUCACCAUUAAUUACAACCAAUCCUAAUUUACUUUCUGCAAAACAAUUAAAGCAUAUUUAAUAUACUUCCCUCCUUCUCUCGAUUAUUUCCAAACUAAUUAGCUGCAAAAUUCAAACCAGUUACAUUCAGCCAUUAAUAUAGGAAAAAUACAAACAACAAUACAAAACAAUAAGGUUCCAAUUUCUAAAUCACCACAAAUAUCACACCAGUCGAAACUCAUCUAAUCUACAAAACAAUUACAUAUUACGUACAAGCAUUAAUAUUUUUGUGUCGAUUUUUUCAGACCAACUACAUUCAAUAAUUCAAACCGUUAGUUUCAGGCAUUAUUUGAAAACAUACAGACUAUACACCCUAAAAAAUACAGUUGAUACCCUAAAUCACUACAGUCUAACUUUGAGCAGCACAGCCACUAAACCUUAACAUACCUACAAACCAUAAGUUUUAAGAUAGAGUUGUUAUAUGAAAAAAUUCAAUUAUAUAAUCUAUACUAUUUAGUAAAAUAAAUUCGUGGAGAUUUUAAAUUUGUGUAAUGUUUUAAAUUAGUGUAAUGUGAAAAAUGUACACUAUAAAUUUUCACUUAAAAAUACUUUUCGAUAUAACUUACUAUAAUAUAUAUUAUAUUUUCGGAUAUUUACUGCUGACUAUUUUAAAAAUCAUUUUGAUAUUAUUAAAAUCUUUAACAAUCUAUAUAACAACUUUUAGAAAUAAAAAUUAAGUUGCGAUUCUCCUAAAAUAUAAUAGCCAAAUUUUGAGUUAUCAUUAAAUUAGCCAUAAUAUUAGGCAUAUCACAUAUGGAGUAAUGAGCAUAAUAUUUCCAACAAAUGGAGGCAGAAUACAAGCCGAACUUUUACAACUCAAAAGAGUGAACCACAAGAAAGUGAGGCCACGACUGAAUGUACCAGAGUUGAUGAUGUGGUCAUCAGAUCAGCAACCGAACCGGAGGUCAACCCAAAGCCCUACUUAACCAGCCAAGGCGCCAAGCAGAACACAUGUGCACUAAAAAUGCUGUAUCUUACAAACCAGGAGGGUUUAAGUCACGAGACAAAUUUUAAUGGACUCUACACUCAAGAAGAAGUCCAGACCAUUUGGAAUAAGUCCAAAAUACGCACGGAGCAAGAAGUUAUGAAUUUUACAAGUUAGAGGUUUUCCAUCCCGUCCAUCUGCGAGUACCCGACUUUAGAAGGAGAUUCCAGCCCAAGGAAGAAGCGGCCUGAACCAAAGCCCAUCGCGGCCUGAACCAAAGCCCAUCAUAGGAUUCAAGAGGAGUUUAUCAGCUUUCCAUAAAGCCCAAUAUCAGGAGAAAUGGUCACGGAAUUAUGAAGUUAUGAUCCAAUCCCCAAAACUGGUCAAACCAGUUCUACACUUGCCUCAAUUGGAAGCUAACCGGUUCAAUCAGCUUCAAACCAGACAUUGGCGACCAGGAGAUCAUUUAAACCAAUCAGGAGAUAUUCUAGGAGUCCAGGAGGAGUUCUACAAGUUCAUACCAUGCACCAGCAACCAUUGGAUCAGGACGAUCCUCAUUUACUCAAACUUGCCUUAUUUGGAGCAAACCGACAUUAAUGUCCAACAGCUUUUUUCUCUUCAGAUCAGGCACGAGAUCAGAACCUUUCAAGCCAUCCAGAAGAUCCCAAGAAAUCUCUCUGAUCCCCUUAAACCGUCCAGGUUCAAGAAGAAUCAAGUUUCUCACUUGGAGCCAAAAUCCCAUAAAAGGCUCCAACGGCUAGUUUCCGAUUUUGUUAGUUUGCUUGAUUUGUUUCCAUUCUUUUCUUCUUAUGAACGUUAGAAUUAGUUUUCAGAGCAUUAUAUAAGCUCUUAGAUAGUCAUUGUAAAGAGACACCCUUAAUUACCAAGUUAAUAGAAAGUUUAUUCAGUUUUAUCAAAGUUGUUCUUUGUAUAAAAUAUCGGUCUUUAGGAUUCAAAGAGAGAUUCUGUGUUGUUUUAUUGAUUUCGUGAGUCUAGCUUGUUUGUGCAAAUCAAACAAGCUCAGUACACAUAUUGAGAGAGUCAAUCACUUCGAUUCAUCAUUCCAUCAGAUUGAGAGAUUCAAUCAAACCUUCCUCCGCAAAUCCACUUCAGUUCAUCAUCUAAUCAAGCUGAGAGUGAUACACAUCCAGCAGCUUCAUUCCAUCCUAUCCUUUGUUUAUUUAUCUUGUUUUAUUAUCAUUAUCAUCAUCAUGUCAUUCGUUUUCAUAUUUGUUUCUGUUUGCAUCAUAAAAACUAAAAACUCAUAAAAAUCGGUUCUCUUUGUUUUCAGGAUGAAACCUUGGUUCCACCAUUCGUGGGUUACCCCCCCCCCCCCCCCUGUGCCUACAACAUUUUGGUAUCAGAGCUCAAGCUCCUGACUAAGGUGAUAUCUAUCCUUGCAUCAUAUUUCAUUUGCUUGCAUUUAUUUUCAUCAUAAACCGAAAAGCCGUAAAAACAGUUUUUGCAUUGUUAUUGUUCUUAAGAAAAGAAAAACAAAAGAGAAGAAGUUUCUUGCAUUUGAUUCACGAAAAUUUGAAAAAGAAAUCUCAUAUUGUGUUUGCAUUCAUUCCCCAGCUCCACUUUCCAUUUUUAGAUUUUGUGCAUUUAUUUUAAAAAAAAAAUCUACAUUCCAUAUUUGUUUCUUGUUUGAAUCUUGCAUAAAAAUAAAAAAAAUAAAAAGGCAUAUCAUUUUUUUAAUUUCAUGCAUACCAUAGUUGUUUCAUAAGUCUCUUAUUUGCAUUAAAAAAAAUAUAUAUAUCAUUCAGCUUAGUUUAUAUCAUUUUGGUCCAAGCAUACAUUUUAGUUUCCAUUUCCGGCUUUUGCAUUUCAUCCUAAGAAAAUUCAAAAAAAAAUAUCCUUGUUAGUUUGUUUCCAUAUUUUCUUUCCAUUUGUGUUUCUUAUCAUACCAUAUUGUUUCAAGUCGAGAUUGCAUUCAGAAAAAAAAAUCAUUUUAGUAUAGUUAUUUCAUUUUGGUUCAUUAUUUGCAUAAUUCUCAGUUUAGGGUAAAUUGCAUUGUUGCGUUUUAUUUAUUUUGGUUCGACCAAAGCUUUCCAUACCUUCACUUGGUCUUUGAGAUUGUUUUCAGGAAACAAUGGAAGAGGAGAGACUCGGCCAAAUCAUGAAGACCAGACUGAACCAACACUUAGUAGCUACACAAGAGCUCCAUGAUAAUAUUGAUCAGUUGGGAAAAAAAAAUAAGCCACAAGGCAGACGACCACCACAUGGAGAAAGAAGAUUUGGAGAUGCACUAGAUGCUGGCUAUGUUGAGCCCAAGCCACCAGAUCCUUCAUGGAUCACCAAACACCAAAUUUUUUAUAUUCAUGAAUACUCAAAUUAUUCUUAUCAUGAUUAUAACUCUGCUGAUGAUGUUAAUAUUUAUUCUUUUUCAGGAAGCAGUUGGUCAAGUGAGUAUCUAACAUGCGAAAGAACCAUGGAUGAUUGGUUUACAUACUAUGGCGUGCCAAAGAAGGAGAGGCUAGCUCAUGCCAUCAAGCAACUUUCCGGAAAAGCUUACUCAUGGUGGAAAAGAGUAGAUAAGACACAUGGUAAAAGUCGAGAAGAGGUUGUCACCAACUGGGAAGAUCUUAAAUAUGUUAUGAUCAGGAAGUAUGUGACUACACUUCCCACGCAAGAAACCAGAAGAAAAUACCCAAGGAGAUUUUCAAAUGGUGUGUCCAAAGAGGCAAAGAAAGUUGUGCCACAACAAGACCAUAGAAGCUUGAUCUAUCAAGACCAGAUUCGGCCAAGCCAGAUGCCCACGGUUUUAUAUGAUAAAUACCAACCUUAUGAGGUCCCAAAGGCCAUGGGGAAGAAGAACCUUGUCAGCCAAGACACGUUGGCCAGACAAAAAGAAAAAUCAGACAAACCGAUUUUUCAAGAGCAGACCAAGGUAAGUCCUAUCCUUGAUAAAUUUGUUUAUAAAUCAUCUCCCACUGGUAUGAGUCACUUGUCUUUGUCCAAGGAUGUUAAGACAGGUCCUGAGGUCCAGAAAGACACGAUCACCCAAUCCUUGUUGAGAUCAAAAGUUGUCCAUGAUUUAAGUCCAAGAGACAAGGAGAUUUUAAACCAAAAUAAAAAAGAGCCAUCCAGCCAAGGUAAGUCUUCUAACUCUGAGGAUUUGAAAUAUCAGACAUGUUAUAGAUGUCAUAAGAAAGGACACUAUGCUAUAGUUUGUCCUACUAAGAAAGCAUUGAUAGAAACAUCACUAGAAGAGAAAACAGAAUUAUCUAUGAAAAGUGAUAGUUUUAUUCAAUCUGAUAUAUUAGUUCCAAAUUCUUGUAUAAUGCACUUGUCUUUGUCAAAGGGUGUUGUAACAGGACUUAAGGAGCAAGAAUUGAAAGAAGAAGAACCACCAGGCUUGACUCUUGUGAUGGACCAGAAGAUUGUUCAAGAGACAAUGCAGUCCAUAUUGCUUAAUGAAGCAAAACCAAAACAAUACCAAGGUAAGGUUUUAGAAUCUCAAAAGAGAAUGAAAGCUAACUUGCUCUAUCUUGGUGCAGAUUAUACAGUUUCGAGGUUGAAACCUUGUCAAGAGGGAGGGGAUGAUGUGGUCAUCAGAUCCGCAACCGAACCGGAGGUCAACCCAAAGCCCUACUUAACCAGCCAAGGCGCCAAGUAGAACACAUGUGCACUAAAAAUGCUGUAUCUUACAAACCAGGAGGUUUUAAGUCACGAGACAAAUUUUAAUGGACUCUACACUCAAGAAGGAGUCCAGACCAUUUGGAAUAAGUCCAAAAUACGCACGGAGCAAGAAGUUAUGAAUUUUACAAGUCAGAGGUUUUCCAUCCCGUCCAUCUGCGAGUACCUGAUUUUAGAAGGAGCUUCCAGCCCAAGGAAGGAGCGGCCUGAACCAAAGCCCAUCAUAGGAUUCAAGAGUAGUUUAUCAGCUUUCCAUAAAGCCCAAUAUCAGGAGAAAUGGCCACGGAAUUAUGAAGUUAUGAUCCAAUCUCCAAAACCGGUCAAACCAGUUCUACACUUGCCUCAAUUGGAAGCUAACCGGUUCAAUCAGCUUCAAACCAGACAUUAGCGACCAGGAGAUCAUUUAAACCAAUCAGGAGAUAUUCUAGGAGUCCAGGAGGAGUUCUACAAGUUCAUACCAUGCCUUAUUUGGAGCAAACCGACAUUAAUGUCCAACAGCUCUUUUCUCUUCAGAUCAGGCACGAGAUCAGAACCUUUCAAGCCAUCCAGAAGAUCCCAAGGAAGCUCUCUUAUCCCCUUACACCGUCCAGGUUCAAGAAGAAUCAAGUUUCUCACUUGGAGCCAAAAUCCCAUAAAAGGCUCCAACGGCUGGUUUCCGAUUUUGUUAUUUUGCUUGAUUUGUUAGAAUUAGUUUCCAGAGCAUUAUAUAAGCUCUUAGAUAGUCAUUCUAAAGAGACACCCUUAAUCACCAAGUUAAUAGAAAGUUUAUUCAGUUUUAUCAAA